ACAAGCUCCACUUGGAGCCAAGCUCUCCGACGCCUCGCUGGACACACGCAACAGAACGCUGCCUCGCGCAACGCCUACGCACGCCGACAGUCGGUCUCCAACUGUGCUGGAACGGUGGAGCGAGUUCGGUACGCCUAGGCCUCGGAGAGCCACUGCCAGCCGGAGAGCAGGCUGGAUACGCGCGGCCGCUGCCCGGAAAAAGCCUACCGUCAACACUUGGAUACGCGCUGCCCGCUGCCCGGAAGAAAAAAUGGCACACUUUCAAUCGGGUCAGAUGUUCGGCGCCCACGCCCGCGACGAGAUGGACAAGGCGGAGAAGUUCGUAGACCGAUACGCCCAAUUCUUAACGCCGGCGAACGCGGAGAUCUCGUGGUUCGGCAAAAACAUGCUGCUGAGGUACUACCGGACUAAGCAGCUGGGCCCGCUCGAGGUGUGCGCCCUGGCGCUGGCCGUGGCGCCGGACGCGCGCGAAGGCAGCGCGGUGCUGGCAGCGAUGGUGGCGCCGGACGCGCCCGUUGCCUACGUCGUCGACGCGGUCCGAGAGCUCUGGCUCAAGCCGAAGCAAAACGAAAUGGCGGCGGGUACGACCGCCUACGCAUACCCCGAAAGCAACCCCGCGGCGGGCCAGCGCGUCCAUAUGGCGCAGGGCGGCACCUAUACUGUGAUCAAACCUGAGACGAUGCUGGGGCAGUACCGCUUCUUCUCGAAGCUCGGACGGAUGCCGCGAGAAGAAUGGCCGAAGACGCCGGAAGCGCGCGAGGCGCUGUACGCAUCAACGCAAUCGGAUUUGCUCGGCGUCGUCCCGGGCGACGUUGACGGACCCACGGAUGACGACAUCACUGCGGCGAGCCGAAAACGCGGGCGUGCCGCAUCGGAAUUAGCGCCGCUACUCGUCCCGCUCAGCGGCGCGUGCCGGCCGCUGGCGCUGCGGCGGUCGCAUUUCGCGCGGGCGGAGGAGCUGGCGCUCGCGGUCGCGACGCUUGGGAGCGACCCGUCGGCGUCGGGGGUCAUCCGCAACCAGCCCGGCAUCAACCGCCCGCGCUUCGAGACCUGCACACAGACUGGAUACCUCGGUCUCCCGUGGGCCCACGAGGAGCCGUCGAAGCUCAGCGAGCUUCGCAAGGCGAUCGAGAGCGCCGGGCUGUCGACGCGCGGCUUCGCGGAGAAGUCCGAGUUCCGGAGCGCGGCGCGGCGCGUCGACAAAUUUACCGUCGCCGAUUGGCGCGUCGAGACGGAGGAAGGCCGCCGCGAGGUGCUGGACGAGGUCUUCGCGAUGUUCCGCGCGGGAGAUUUCGAGCGCUUCAAGGAGGCGCGGCGCGCCGAGGUCUGGGACGCGCUGCUGCGGCCCGACAAUCAGCUCGGGGGCGUUAAGUUCGAGGGCGGUCGGGCCGAGGAUUUGCUGGUUCUCGCCGCCGCGGCCGAGCUCGACGUGGGGCUCGGAUGGGAGGACGGCGCGGUUCUGCAGGCGGCGAAGAUGCGCGCGAGCGAAAAAUUGGCUGCCGACGGUAAAUACUGGGGUAAGGAGCUGGCGCUCGUCGCCGCGGCGCACGCCCACGAGAAGUGCACGGAGGCCCUCGACCGCAUCCCGCGCCCGACGCGACUGGCACUUCUGCAAUGGUGCCUGGCGCCCGCGCUGCGCGAUAUUGUGAGGCUUCGCAAUACGUGUUGUUUGGCGGAUGACGGGGGGCUGGACUUCUCGGGCUUCGCGCGGGCGCACCAGCUCGCCUUGCGCGUCUUCCUGUGCGUCGCGGCGCUCGGUCGAAUCGAUUGGGAGGCUGCUGGCGACGAACAAAUCACGGCAGCCGUCUCGUUGCUCCACUACAAUCGAGAAGCCGUCGGCGGCGGCGACGACCACGAGGUCGUGGAAAUUCCCGGAGCGACGUCGUGGCCCAUCGACGCGUGGUGGUCCCCGACGACGCCGCGCCAUCGCAUGGGCGCGUACGUGACUCCCGUCGGCGCGGAGGUGCUGCGAGAGGAUUUACCGCCGGCAUUAAUUCUCCAGCUCACGAUGGAGAUCGCGUCGGUGGCCGCGGUCGCGGAGAUCGCGCUGACGGCCGUCGUGCUUCGCGAGGUCGCGGAGGUGGCGCAUCCGGGAGAGUUUUGGACGAAGCGCCUGAUAGCGGGGAGCACGAACGGCAUCGAGAACCGUCCGUUCCCGACCUUCGCGGAGCGGCUCGACCGGCUCAUCUUGGAGCGGGCGCUCGAUGGCUUCUUAGUGUCGAAGGUGGCGACGGCGGACGGCGUACUAUCGAUGCGCUUUGUCUGGUCCGGCUGUCCGCUCAACGAGAUGGAACCGCAGCCCCUCGAGAUGCCGGACGGCGUCCCCGAGGACCACAAGCGACGCUUCGUCCGGGACGCGGCGCGCUUUUUCGCGUCGAAUUGCGCCGUGACGAUUCGCAAGGCUCGCGAAGCGGGCUGUGCCGACUGUCCGGCCGUCGAGAGCGUCUCCAUCGUCUACUCGGGCGUCGGGCAGCUAUUCCGCGGCGUCGCACCCGUCGCGACGGCCCUCGUCAUCGACAUGAUGGGGGAAGAGGCCAUUCAGAAGGCGGUUCUUAGCGAGGAUCCGGCGUUUUAUAGGGGUCUGGACUCGCUCGGCAUCUGCGUUUUCGACAUGAACGCGGACGACGACGCGGCCACCGCGGGGCCCGAUGCGGGUUCGUAAGAGUAGUUCGUGAG